UUCACCCUUCAGAGCUGUGCAGUGUUGGACGUCUGUCAACAAAUCCAGCAGAAGAGCUUCGACCAGAAUGUCGGACACAGCGGACGCCGUCGCGACCAUACAGGCUCAGGACGCCUCCAGCCCCGAUGUGUCCUCGCCACCGUCACCGCCGAAGUAUUCCUGCCCGGAGCAGCCGCCCCCACCUUACUCUGCAUCCUCAGGAAUGUACUCCCCGCCGAAAACCCACGCCCCCCCUCAGCACUCUGCAUACGAGUCCUUCCGAGACAUCAACCCAGAAGAAGCGUCGGACCAAACUCCGCUUUUAUCUUCCGUCGAUGACCGGACAGUGAGGAGAGGGUUCAUUAGAAAGGUGUUUUGCAUCGUGACCCUCCAGCUGCUGUUCACCUUCAGCGUGGUGUGCGUGUUCACCUUCUCCAGCGUGGUCAAGGAAGCGGUGCAGACCCACCUGUGGGCCUACCUCAGCUCCUACAUCAUCUUCCUCGUGGUCGCCUUCUCCCUCCAGUGCUUCAGGUCCUUCAGCCAGCGUCACCCCUGGAACAUCGUGGGGCUGUCCGUCGUCACCGUGAGCAUGUCGUACAUGGUCGGGACAGUUGCCUCCUUCCACAACACGGCCGCCGUGGUCGUCACCAUGGGAGUGACGAUUGCCGUCACUUUGGCAGUCAUUGCUUUCACGGCGCAGACUCGUUAUGAUUUCACUAUUUUUUACGGCGUCAUGUUGGUCCUGGUCGUGGACCUGUUCAUGUUCGGCUUCUUCUGCACCUUCCUGUACUCGUACAUGGCCGACAUCGGCUACGGAUGCCUGGGAGCUCUGGUCUUCUCUCUGUUCCUGGUGAUCGACUGUCAGCUCGUGUUGGGGAGAGGAAGCUACGCCCUCAGUGAAGAAGAUUACAUCAACGCUGCUCUCAACAUCUACCUGGACAUAAUCCUCAUCUUCCUCUACCUGCUGGGUUCGAGGAGGUGAAACAGCACAAAGAGACACACACACACACACACACACACACACACACACACACACACACACGCACACACACACACUCCAGCCUGUGAAAGAGGACGUCCUUUAUUGUUGUUUGCUUGUACAUAAUCUUACAGUUUUGUGUUUUAUGUGACAAAAAGUGAAUGAUUUUCAACAGAUUCUUUGUCUUUGUCUGUUUCACACCAAUAAAAAAAUAUAAAUAU